CACUGGCUUGUCUCUUGGUAGGAGGAGGAAGAGGAGCAGCCGCAGCCAGCACAGCCUCCCGCCCUGCCCGUGGAGGAGAAGAAGAAGAUUCCAGAUCCAGACAGCGACGACGUCUCCGAGGUGGACGCCCGGCACAUCAUUGAGAACGCCAAGCAAGAUGUUGAUGACGAGUAUGGCGUGUCGCAGGCUCUCGCUCGUGGCCUGCAGUCCUAUUAUGCCGUGGCCCACGCCGUCACCGAGAGGGUGGAGAAGCAGUCAGCGCUCAUGGUCAACGGCGUUCUCAAGCAGUACCAGAUCAAAGGCUUAGAGUGGCUGGUGUCCCUAUACAACAACAACCUGAAUGGCAUCCUGGCUGAUGAGAUGGGCCUGGGGAAGACCAUCCAGACCAUCGCUCUCAUCACGUACCUCAUGGAGCACAAGCGGAUCAACGGACCCUUCCUCAUCAUAGUACCUCUCUCAACGCUGUCCAACUGGGCAUACGAAUUUGACAAGUGGGCCCCCUCGGUGGUGAAGGUGUCCUACAAGGGCUCUCCAGCAGCCAGACGUGCUUUCGUCCCCCAGCUCCGGAGCGGCAAGUUCAACGUCUUGCUGACGACGUACGAGUACAUCAUUAAAGACAAGCACAUCCUUGCAAAGAUCCGUUGGAAGUACAUGAUCGUGGACGAAGGCCACCGCAUGAAGAACCACCACUGCAAGCUGACGCAGGUCCUCAACACGCACUACGUGGCGCCCCGCCGCCUGCUGCUGACGGGCACGCCGCUGCAGAACAAGCUCCCUGAGCUCUGGGCGCUCCUCAACUUCCUGCUGCCCACCAUCUUCAAGAGCUGCAGCACCUUUGAGCAGUGGUUCAACGCGCCCUUUGCCAUGACCGGGGAAAAGGUGGACCUGAACGAGGAGGAAACCAUUCUCAUCAUCCGUCGUCUCCACAAAGUGCUGCGGCCCUUCCUGCUCCGGCGGCUCAAGAAGGAAGUCGAGGCUCAGUUACCUGAAAAGGUGGAGUACGUCAUCAAGUGCGACAUGUCCGCGCUGCAGCGCGUGCUUUACCGGCACAUGCAGGCCAAGGGGGUGCUGCUCACCGAUGGCUCUGAGAAGGAUAAGAAGGGCAAAGGUGGCACCAAGACCCUGAUGAACACCAUCAUGCAGCUGAGGAAGAUCUGCAACCACCCGUACAUGUUCCAGCACAUCGAGGAGUCCUUUUCCGAGCACUUGGGGUUUACCGGUGGCAUCGUCCAAGGGCUGGACCUGUACCGAGCCUCGGGGAAGUUUGAGCUGCUCGAUAGAAUUCUUCCCAAACUCCGGGCCACCAACCAUAAAGUGCUGCUGUUCUGUCAGAUGACCUCCCUCAUGACGAUCAUGGAAGACUAUUUUGCGUAUCGCGGCUUUAAAUACCUCAGGCUCGAUGGAACCACGAAAGCGGAGGACCGGGGCAUGCUGCUGAAGACCUUCAACGAGCCCGGCUCCGAGUACUUCAUCUUCCUGCUCAGCACCCGGGCUGGGGGGCUGGGUCUGAACCUCCAGUCAGCCGACACUGUGAUCAUAUUUGACAGUGACUGGAACCCCCACCAGGACCUGCAAGCGCAGGACCGUGCCCACCGCAUCGGGCAGCAGAACGAGGUGCGUGUGCUCCGCCUCUGCACGGUCAACAGCGUGGAAGAGAAGAUCCUGGCUGCGGCCAAGUACAAGCUCAACGUCGACCAGAAGGUGAUCCAGGCCGGCAUGUUCGACCAGAAGUCCUCCAGCCAUGAGAGGCGCGCUUUCCUCCAGGCCAUCCUCGAGCACGAGGAGCAGGACGAGAGCAGACACUGCAGCACGGGCAGCGGCAGUGCCAGCUUCGCCCACACUGCCCCUCCGCCAGCGGGCGUCAACCCCGACUUGGAGGAGCCACCUCUAAAGGAAGAAGACGAAGUGCCUGACGAUGAGACGGUGAACCAGAUGAUUGCCCGGCACGAGGAGGAGUUCGACCUGUUCAUGCGCAUGGACCUGGACCGCAGGCGCGAGGAGGCCCGCAACCCCAAGCGGAAGCCACGCCUGAUGGAGGAGGAUGAGCUCCCCUCGUGGAUCAUCAAGGACGACGCAGAGGUGGAGCGGCUGACCUGCGAGGAGGAGGAGGAGAAGAUGUUCGGCCGCGGCUCCCGCCACCGCAAGGAGGUGGACUACAGCGACUCGCUGACCGAGAAGCAGUGGCUCAAGGCCAUCGAGGAGGGCACGCUGGAGGAGAUCGAAGAGGAGGUCCGGCAGAAGAAAUCGUCGCGGAAGCGCAAGCGGGACAGCGAUGCCGGCCCCUCCACCCCGACCACCAGCACCCGCAGCCGCGACAAGGACGACGAGAGCAAGAAGCAGAAGAAGCGUGGCCGGCCGCCUGCCGAGAAGCUCUCCCCCAACCCGCCCAACCUCACCAAGAAGAUGAAGAAGAUCGUGGACGCUGUGAUCAAGUACAAGGACAGUAGUAGUGGACGUCAGCUCAGCGAGGUGUUCAUCCAGCUGCCGUCCCGCAAGGAGCUGCCCGAGUACUAUGAGCUCAUCCGCAAGCCUGUGGACUUCAAGAAGAUAAAGGAGCGCAUCCGCAGCCACAAGUACCGCAGCCUCAACGACCUAGAGAAGGACGUGAUGCUGCUGUGCCAGAACGCACAGACCUUCAACCUGGAGGGCUCCCUGAUCUACGAAGACUCCAUCGUCCUGCAGUCGGUCUUCACCAGCGUGCGGCAGAAAAUCGAGAAGGAGGAAGACAGUGAAGGGGAGGAGAGCGAGGAGGAAGAGGAGGGCGAGGAGGAAGGCUCGGAGUCGGAGUCUCGCUCGGUCAAAGUGAAGAUCAAGCUUGGCCGGAAGGAGAAGGCCCAGGACCGGCUCAAGGGCGGCCGGCGGCGGCCGAGCCGCGGGUCCAGGGCCAAGCCGGUGGUGAGCGACGACGACAGCGAGGAGGAGCAGGAGGAG